AUUCAGCUGCAUUGGGACAAAGUCUGUGGUGUGUUGCUGGGCUGCCUGCUGGGAACCUAUUUUAACAUCAAGGCGCACACCACACACCUAUACGCGACCAGGAAGCCGAAUCAGUGCACCGUGUCCCCUCGCCGCUCGGCACAGAUUACCGUUCCAGUUGUAGUCCACGUGGAUCGUUAACACAUUUCUGGAACAAUGGAUUUGAACCUCUAUCUCCAGCGGAUUGGAAUAACAGAAAUGAAAUCAGAUUUCUCCACACCGUCCCUUUCAGCGCUACGUAAGUUACAUCGCCACCACGUUCUCUCUAUACCAUUCGAAAGCCUCAGUAUCCACAUCGGAGAGAAAAUUAUCCUGGACACCCUCUGGAUUUAUCAGAAAAUUGUUCUGAGAAAACGAGGGGGCUUUUGUCUAGAGAACAACGGCCUGUUCUUGUGGGUGUUACAAGAGCUGGGGUACCAGCCACUGGUGCUGUCGGGCAAAGUGAGGGAGCCGGUCACUGGUAUGUAUGGCCCUCCAUUUGACCACAUAAUACUGACUGUGGAGUUGGACUGCAGGCGGUGGCUUUGUGACGUUGGCUUUGGAGAAGGAAUCAUGGAUCCAAUUCCCCUGGAGGCAGGAUGGGAAGAGGAGCAGGACAAUGGCAUGUUUCGGUUACGGGUGGAAGAGGAGGAGUGGUACAUGGAGGUGAAGGAGGACAAUGACCAGUGGAGGAGUCUGUACAAGUUCACCCUUGAAGAGAGGAGAUUUGAGGACUUCAGGGAGAUGUGUAACUUUCACCAGACCUCACCAAAGGCUUUCUUUGUUUGCAAAUCUCUCUGUUCCCAACUACUACCACACGGCAGAUUGACCUACAUAGGGCGCAGGCUGAUCAGCACAGAGUAUACCAAGGGUGGCAAAAGGGUGAAGACCACUAAAGAACUCAGCGAGGAGGAGAUCCCUGACCUACUCAGAGAGAAGUUUGGGAUUGUGUUGAGUAAAACAUUUGUACCAAAGGAUGAGGUGUAUAUCCCCACGCCUGAUGGAAAAUGAGACCUCAGGAAAUAAACACGCUACUUACAUAUGUCUAUAAUACCAAUAUUAAUAAAAAUACAUAGAUAUACAGUA